AAGAAUAGGCGUUUGUCGUGUCUCGUGCCCGUGCCUGUGAACCUCUCACGUGCCGUGCCGGAAUCUCGCAGCCAUCGAUCGAUCCAGCAGAUGUGCCAGCCGCCGCGGCCGCGCCAAGCCCAAGCCGAGCUGACGAUCCUGAUGCGGUUGAAAAUUUCCACGAACAUAUAGAUCCUCAUCGUCGACCCCAUCCGUGGUGCUCCCGGUGCGCCAGGCUACCAGAGUCCGACGCAGACGUAGCUCCCGGCCACAGCAGAGCCCACGCCUUGAGCCCUUGACGCGCUCCGUGUGAGUGGAGCGUACGGGCGCCGGCCGGCGGCCAGAGAGGAAACGGAUCUAGGAGGCUCAGCUGAGUCGAGGAGAUGGACCGCAAAGAUGUCGGGAUCCUCGCCAUGGACAUCUACUUCCCGCCCUCCUGCGUGCAGCAGGAGGCACUUGAGGCCCAUGAUGGGGCGAGCAAAGGGAAGUACACCAUUGGGCUUGGGCAAGAUUGCAUGGCCUUUUGCAGCGAGGUGGAGGAUGUCAUCUCAAUGAGUUUGACGGUUGUCAAUUCUCUGCUGAAAAAAUACAAGAUUGAUCCCAAGUUAAUCGGUCGCUUGGAGGUUGGAAGUGAAACAGUUAUAGACAAAAGUAAAUCCAUCAAAACUUGGCUGAUGCAGAUCUUUGAGGAAAGUGGUAACAGUGACAUUGAAGGUGUUGACUCCAGCAAUGCAUGUUAUGGCGGGACAGCAGCCCUACUGAAUUGUGUGAAUUGGGUCGAAAGUAAUUCCUGGGAUGGCCGUUAUGGUCUUGUCGUUUGCACGGAUAGCGCGGUUUAUGCCGAAGGGCCAGCUCGUCCAACAGGAGGUGCUGCUGCUAUAGCAAUGCUCAUUGGUCCUAAUGCUCCAAUUUCCUUCGAGAGCAAAUAUAGAGCUUCUCACAUGGCUCAUGUCUAUGAUUUCUACAAACCUGAUCUUGCAAGUGAAUAUCCGGUUGUUGAUGGUAAACUAUCCCAAACAUGCUACCUAAUGGCUCUAGACUCAUGCUACAGACAGUUCUGCAACAAGUAUGAGAAGAUUGCGGGUAAACAAUUCUCAAUUUGUGAUGCAGAAUAUUUUGUGUUCCAUUCUCCAUACAACAAGCUCGUGCAGAAGAGUUUCGCUCGACUUUAUUACAAUGACUUUUUGCGCAACUGCAGCUCUGUUGAUGAUGAUGCUAAAGAGAAGCUCCAGUCUUUUUCAAAUUUGACUGGUGAAGAGAGCUACCAGAGUCGCGACUUGGAAAAGGCCUCACAACAGGUCGCGAAGCACCUCCAUGACAUCAAAGUUCAGCCAUCGACUCUGCUUCCGAAACAAAUUGGUAACAUGUAUACUGCAUCCCUUUAUGCUGCAUUAGCAUCUGUGCUAUAUAACAAGCAUGAUAGUCUGAAUGGGCAAAGAAUUGUGAUGUUCUCUUACGGCAGUGGUUUGACAUCCACUAUGUUUUCAUUGAGGCUAAACAAUGGCCAGCAUCCCUUCAGCCUAUCAAACAUUGCUUCAGUUCUUGAUGUCACCGAGAAGCUUCAGUCAAGACAUGAGACUUUGCCUGAGAAAUUCGUUGAGACACUGAAGCUGAUGGAACACCGAUACGGCGCAAAGGACUUCGAGACGAGCAGAGACACGAGCCUACUGCAGCCGGGCACAUUCUACCUCACCAAGGUCGACUCCAUGUACCGGAGGUUCUAUUCCCAGAAGCUGUCCGAGGAAACAGGCGGCGGGAAAACCAAGUGCUGCAACGGCCUCGCAAAUGGCCACUAGUGGUCGCCCAGCACUGUUGCUCAUCAUUCUCAGUAUUUUGAUAAUGCUCAUGGUUAGCGUUUAGUCUAGCGUGUUUCUGAAAUAAUAUAAUUGUUCUUUGAAGCUGUCCCACCCCACCUAGAUCAGCUAGUUUUUUAUUUUAAUAUUUUAUUCUUCUGAACAUUGAAAUUCAUCAGUCUCUACAUUGUUUCUCUUUGUUUCUUCUUUUA